UAGUGGGAAGUGAUCAACUGCGGAUAUGAAAAGGAAGAAAGAUCCUUAUUAUUCACGAUUGCGGGGUUGAAUGGAAUGACUCCUAGUACCUCGGUUUUCCAACCCAUACUCGCAACCACAAUUGUACAAAAUAAUCAACUCCAGAAUGCCGCCAGAAACAAUCAUCGUAGUAGGCGCCGGCAUCAUCGGCUUAACAACAGCCCUCACCCUCCAAACCCACAUCUUCCCAAGCCAAUCCAUCCUCCUUGUCGCACGCGACUUCCCCAGCACAACAUCCCUAAACUACGCUUCCCCCUGGGCCGGUGCACACUACCGCCCAAUACCCGGGACAACACCCCAGGCACUCCGCGAAAGCGCCCAAGCGCGCCGCACCUACGUGGCGUUCAAAAAUAUAGUCGCGCAGGAACCUGCUGCGGGAAUUAAGGAAGUCGAGGGGAUUGAGUAUCUGGAGAAUCCGCCGAAGGAGUAUUUGGAGAGGAAGGGGGUUGAGGAUGCGUAUUCGUCGUAUUUGGAUGGGUUUCGCGAGUUGGGAUCUGGGCAGGAUGAUGGGCUGCCGGAUGGGGUGAAAUGGGGUGCGCGGUAUAAAACGUUCGUGGUAAACUCGCCGGUUUACUGUGCGCAUUUGCUGCGACGGUUUGUGCUGAAUGGUGGGCGGACGAAGACGUACGAUCUUGCGGGUUUGAAUGAGGCAUUCUAUUUCGCCGAGAAUGUGAAGACGGUAGUGAAUUGUUCUGGGAUGGGGCUUAAUGACCCCAAGUCAUUUAUCAUUCGAGGCCAAACCUGCCUUGUCCGCAACCCUUGCCCAAUGACACUCACCCGCCAAAACUCCGACGGAACUUGGUCCUUUUGCAUCCCUCGUCCUCUAGACGGCGGUACAAUCAUCGGGGGUACCAAAGAACCUAACAACUGGGAUCCCAAUCCAUCCCCAGAAACGCGGGCGAAACUCCUCUCCAACGCGGCCGAGUGGUUCCCGUUCACGGCAGAAAGUAAGGGACAGUUUGAUGUUAUGAGGGAUAUUGUGGGAAGGAGACCGGCAAGAGAGGGAGGUAUGAGAAUUGAAGUUGAGAGAAUUGCCAAUGGGAAAACGAUUGUUCAUGCUUAUGGGGCUGGGGGAAGGGGGUUUGAGUUGUCUGUUGGGGUUGCGGCGGAUGUGGUGAAUUUGAUGUUUGAAAAGGGUGUUUUGCGGACUAAAGCAUUGUUGUAAAGCUUUGUAUAUACCACUGCAUACUGGCUGUUUAAAUAUAAGAGCUAAUAGACUGUUGCAUCU